AUGGGUUGUGUGUUGACUUUUGUGGGGUUGUGCUUAUGGGUGUGUUUGAUGAGUCAGAGCUCAAUCCCAGUGGCUUCGCAGAGGAGUGGAGGGUCUGGAAAUGUUGAAGAAGGCAGUGUUUUUAUUAAUGGAAGAGUUGCAAUUGGAAGCACAGAUGAUGAUUUUAUAUGUGCCACCUUGGAUUGGUGGCCUCCUGAUAAAUGUGACUAUGGAACUUGCAGUUGGGGUAGAGCUUCUCUUCUCAAUCUGCCAAAUUCACUAUUUAUUCUCACAAAGUUCAAUAACUAUUGGGCCGUCGUGAUUUUUGGAUUGAAUGCACUAAGUGGAAGGACUAUAGGCCUGGAUGGUUUGGCUGCAGGAGCUUGGAACUCCAGUGAUGCAGAAUCCCUUAUUCGGUAUAGUGCAAACAAGGGCUACACCAUUCAUGGUUGGGAACUUGGAAAUGAGCUGACUGGAAAUGGAGUUGGAGCAGGAGUUCCAGCAGAUCAAUAUGCAUCUGACAUAAACACUCUCCAAAGCAUGGUGCAAAAGAUUUAUGCAGGUUUUGAAGUUAAGCCACUAGUCCUAGGGCCAGGAGGGUUCUUUGAUGCAAGUUGGUACACAGAAUUCAUAGAUAAAACACUCAAAUCUCUUCAAGUAGUCACCCAUCAUAUAUAUAACCUCGGUCCAGGGGUUGAUGAUCACCUCAUUGAUAAAAUUCUUGAUCCGUCAUAUCUUGAUGGUGGUUCCAAGCCAUUCCAAGACCUCCAAAGCAUUCUACAGACUUCUGCAACUUCAGCAACUGCUUGGGUUGGUGAAGCUGGAGGGGCUUACAACAGUGGCCAUAAUCUUGUCACUAAUGCAUUUGCUUUCAGUUUCUGGUACCUGGAUCAGCUUGGAAUGGCAUCAUCUUAUGAUACCAAGACAUAUUGUAGGCAAACCUUGAUUGGAGGAAACUAUGGCCUACUCAACACUACCACCUUUGUCCCAAAUCCUGAUUAUUACAGUGCACUUCUUUGGCACCGUUUGAUGGGAAGAAAUGUUCUAUCAACCAGCUUCUAUGGGACAAGGAAAAUACGUGCUUACGCUCACUGUUCCAAACAAUCCCCAGGAAUCACAUUGCUAUUGAUCAACCUAGAUGGUAACACAACAGUUCAAGUCCAAGUUUCAACUGAAAAUGCUGGCAACAGGACUUCAACUUUACAAGAUACAGACAAAACUCAAAGAUCAAAUUUUUCUAGGAUGCGUCGAGUUUCUAAAAUUGAUGCAAGCGUGAGAGAAGAAUAUCAUUUGACAGCCAAAGAUGGGGAUUUACACAGCCAAACACUGCUUCUAAAUGGGAAAGUACUGACCAUAAAUUCAUCUAGGAUUGUCCCUCCCUUGGAACCUAUAAGGGUAAGCUCAAUGGAUCCUGUAAUUGUUGCUCCUUUCUCUAUUGUGUUUGUUCGCUUCCCUAAUAUCAAUUACCCUGCCUGUAAGUAUAAGUAG